CUCUCGCUGUGUUUUUGUUCAUACAGUAUGAGUGGGCCAGUAUAAUUAGCGAUUAGUUUCGUUUUAAUCCAGUGACAAUUGGUAAAGUAACCAGAACCGUUGCCAUUUGCUGCUCGUUUUUGCACAUGCCGGUUUAUCGGUCAGACCAUUAGAAAUAAAGCGCGUCUCGAUGGCAGAUGAAGGAUUUCUGGACUGGACAAUCAUUGUACUGACAUGUCAACACAAAGACAGUGUUUAUGCCUUCCAGAGAGAGCUGGAGGUGCGUCAGAAGCGUGGGGUUCUCCCAAUCGGAACUCUGCUGCUCACGGUUCCUGACCCUGACUCCCGGCUGGGCAGCGGUGGGGCCACACUGAACGCCCUGUUGGUGGCUGCAGAACACCUGAGCGCCAGAGCCGGAUACAGCGUGGUGAAUGCAGAUGUUCUGGACGAAGCCCAUAUUCUCAUCCUACACACGGGUCGAGAUUUUCCAUGGGAUGGCUGCAGCAGGGCUUUCUGUUGGAUGCCGGUGCAGAGAUCACAUUCUGUAGAAGGAGCCAUUUGCUGCUUAGACCUGCUGUUGGAUUGUCUGUCCACAAAAAUUUGCGUUGGAUCUCCACCUGGCGUUUGGGUUUGCAGCACUGAUAUGGUCCUGAAUGUUCCAACACGACAAUUGAUUUCAUGGGAAGGUUUCUCUGGUGUUCGGGUUGUGGCGUUGCCAGGUGAUGUUUCUUUUGCUGUUAAUCACGGAGUCUAUCUCACUGAUGCAGAGGGCAGAGUGCGAGACAUAAUCUAUAAGGGCUCAAAAGAGAAGAUCAGCUCUACAACACUGCAUGAUGGGAAAGUACCCCUGGUAUCAGGGCCUGUAUUUUUCUCCAGGACUGUUUCCGAGAGACUUCUGCAGACUCAUGUAACAUCUCCGUUAGAUGGCUGCACUUAUCUCGGUAUGGACUCUGGAGCGCCACCUCUUGAGGUAAACACAAACACACUCUCAAACUUACAACAUCUUUCAAAUUGUUCUCUUUUUUUCUCAUCUGUCUCUCCCUCUCUCUUUCAGAUUUCUCUCUUUCUGGAUAUUCUGGUGUGCCUUUGCUCUGACAUGACAGAACAUGAAUUUAUCAAUGGAGAGAGACCAGGCUGCACUUCCCCCUCCGGACCACAAGGGGCAGUAGUGAAGAGUGGUCGCACUGUGCUGUGGAGGAUCCUCAGAGGAGCCUCAAUAUCUAUGUUUUACAUUCCAGAGGGCCGCUAUGAUUAUUUGACGCAAUCAGGCCGAGAACAUGUUGUUCGUCUUACAAAAUCGGGAUCAGAGACUAUAAUUCUCUCUCAUAUUCAGAAUGUGAUGUCUGUGGCAGAAGGCAGCAGGGUGAUUAAUAGCGUGUUGGAAGGAGAAGUUUGUGUAUCAGCAGGAGCUGUUGUGCAGCACUGCCACCUACAGGGUCCAGUCCAGGUGCAUUCUGGGUGCCUGCUGUCGGGGCUGGAUUUGACUUCAUCAUCCUGCAUGCAGCAUCUACCUCUGUGCAGUGACAUCAUAAUUCAGGGACACAGAGUGGUGCUUGGAGAGUUAAAGUUAACUGUGUACACAGUGUUUGGAGCUCAUGAUUGUUUAGAGGCUCACCCUGAUGAUGUCACAGCCUUAUUCCUUAAUCAGAAAUGGAGCGAGUUUUACAAUCGGACUGGAAUAAAGCCUGUGGACCUUUGGGGACCCGAGAAGACAAAGUCUUGCUGUCUGCUGGAUGCCCUAUUGUUCCCAGUGUUCAUGCCACAUUCGGGGCCUGUGGGACUGGAUGGAGUUUGUUGGCUGCUAGGGGAGGCUGGGAGGCUGGAAAGCUGGAGAGAAGCCUGGAGACUCUCACUCAGGGAUAUUCUGAUACUUACUGACCAGCAGAUGGAGUUACGGUGGAGAGAGGAGUUGUUCUUCAGUGUGGGCCGAAGGAGAUCUGUUGACACUUUGCAGGGCCACACAGAUCUCAGUCUUCUUCCAUUCUUCAGAGCAGCAGCGCUGGCUGGCCAGCAGGAGGCGCUACUGCAAAUGCUGGACUCAGUGGCUGCAGGCAGCAGUGAUGACCUGGGCGUAGCAGCCCGUUGUCUGGCCUGUAUCGCUGAUGUCCUCGGCUGUCUGGCAGGGGAGGGUAAAGGGGGUUUACGUAGCGGACCAGCGGCAAAUCCAUCAUGGGCUCCUGCUUUCAAACUCCUAGAAGAUGAAAACUUACCAGCAGGUGUCCAAGAACUAGCCAGUCAGAGAAACCGCUGGCUCAGUAGACCAGAUUUGUUGGUGCGAGCUGCCAGGCACUAUGAGGGGGCGGGGCAGAUACUGCUGCGGAAGGCGGUGAUGUCAGCACGCAAGUUUGUGUUCAUUGGUCAAGGAGAGAUGCUGCCAAUGGGUGAAUGGCAGGAAGUGGAAUGUCCUGCUCGACUGGAUCUGUCAGGUGGCUGGAGUGACACUCCACCUAUUGCAUUUGAGCAUGGCGGACUCGUGGUCAAUGUGGCCAUCAAGGUGGAUGGAAAACGGCCCAUUGGAGCCAGAGUUCGACGCAUUCCAGAACCUCAUUUGCUAUUGGUCUGCACCAGUGGUGAACCGGGUUGCAUUAUUUCCACAGAAACACACUGUGAGGUUCUUACUGACCUGGAAGACUAUUGCCAACCACAAGCUCCAGGUGCCCUACUCAAAGCCGUGUGUGUGUGCAGUGAGUUGGUGUGUGUAUCGUCUCCUCUCUCUCUGAAAGAACAGUUAUUGCAGCGGUGGGGUGGUGGACUGGAGCUGCACAGCUGGUCGACAUUACCACAUGGUUCUGGACUCGGCACCAGCAGUAUUCUGGCAGGUGCGGCUCUUGCUGCAGUUUACAGAUGUACAGGGCGGAGCUAUGACACAACCUCUUUAGUACAUGAUGUUCUUUACCUGGAGCAGAUACUCACCACCGGGGGUGGAUGGCAGGACCAGGUUGGCGGGCUGUUUGGAGGGGUAAAGCUGGCACGAUCCGCAGCUAAGUUGCCACUGAAAGUGGACGUAGAGCAGCUACCUCUCUCUCAAGACUUUGUGUCUGUUCUGCAAAAGCAUCUCCUUCUAGUUUACACUGGAAAGACGCGUUUAGCACGAAACCUGCUGCAGGAUGUGGUGCGGAACUGGUACGCACGUUUAUCCUCAAUCGUACAGAAUGCAGAGCAGCUUGUGACCAAUGCAGAGGAAUGUGCACAAGCCUGUAGAGAGGGAUCUCUGUCCAGACUGGGUGUGUGUAUGGACAGAUACUGGCAGCAGAAGAAGCUGAUGGCUCCGGGCUGUGAGCCAGCUGCAGUGAGAGUUAUGAUGAAUGCACUUUAUCCUCUGAGUUUAGGACAGAGUCUAGCAGGGGCGGGAGGAGGUGGCUUCCUGUUCUUGCUCACUCGUGACCCGCAGCAGCAGGAAAGAGUGAGAGAGGUUCUCAGUAACACACAGGGUAUUUGUUCAUUCACUGUGCAUUCGGUGGAGUUGGAUAUGGACGGUAUCUCAAUCACUCAGAAGAGCUCUGAACAUCUUGACUAACAUCCAACAAGUGCUGCUCUACUAACACAUGAUCAGCAAUCAAUUAAAUGAGAGUUGGAGGGCCUUUCAUACACUAAAUAAUAAAACCGAUAUAUUUUUCAGUAAAUGUAACUUGUAGUAUACUUGUAUUUUGUGUAGAAAUAAUGAAGAAUAAUUACGGAUUUUUAGGAAUUGAAAUGUACCAAAAAUGACAUUUGAUAAUUGCGCAAUACCAUUUAGGUUUAUUCUUUUUUGCACUAAAUGUGAAAGAAAUUUUUACUCUGUCCCUACAUCUUUUGCAUUUUUAUUACCUGUAUAAUGACGAACAAAGUAACGAUUAACUUUUAAAAUGUUUAUUAAAUAAUGAAACCAUUGUGCGUAUAAAUGUUAUCUGCACAUGCUAUAUAACAACUUACUUGUUUCACAGCGAGACCUUGUUUUAAGGAAAACUUGUUUCUUACAUACUAAUAUUUACCUGGUAGCUCAAGUGUAUUUGAGGUUAUUUUGUCAUUGAGCUUUGACUUGAUGGAUAAUAACCUGGCUUUUUACGUUUAUUUUUUUUGUUUUGUUACGACUGGUAAAAAACUAACAGUUGAUUGGCAAAACUGCAUUACUUGUCAUGUUUCAGUUCUACCGGCAUACAAUAGACAAUAUGUGUUUUAUAUAUGUGUCCAUAGUGUUUUAUAGUUUCCUUUUACUGUAAACCACUCUACAUUUUUGGUUGAGUGUCGAAUAUGAGUAAAUAGUGACAGAAUUGCUGCAGUGAAAACUUUACUAUUACAGUAUUGCAGUAGCAACAUGAAAUUGCUGCCAGUGAUCACCAACAAAUCCAACAUACAUGGACUUUGGUUUCAAAUGUGUAAAAAUAAAACACACAUACAGUAAAUCAGCUGUUUGUCAAUGUUUCUAUGAUCUGUUCAUUAAAAAAACUCUUUUCAGCUUUUUACUAUAUUUACUGUAAGGUUUGGAACAAUGGGUCUUCAGUUCUGGCAUGCUGUGUGCAAGCAGUUGUAAAUAAGACAAAAAAGAUCCAUGAUUUUGGUAUUGUGUAAGCUUAUAUGUACAGAAAAUUUAAGUAUUUUAGAAACGU